AUGAGCGAGAAAGCUGUUGCAACCGAAGAUCAGAAAUCGAACACAGUAGCCCGAAGAUGUGAACGAGAACAUCUCCGAGAAGAGCCAUUUCAACCAGUGAAGGCGAUUUUUGUUCCAUCUCAACAAAGAGGACGUGACGUUGCCGUCUACAUUUUCCCGAAUAAUCACGAGCUCUGCUAUGAAUGGCAUUAUCAACUGGCACAUUCGGAUAAUUGUACAUUGACCUACAUGUGUUGCGAAUGUAAAUCACUAAAGACACGUGAUCGUAAGAGAUAUACGCGACCAGUGGCAUCGUGUCGCAUUGUGAACGGCUAUUUUACCACUGAUCCGCUGAAUCCGAUCCGACCACAUUUUUGCGAACCACGCAACACGACUAAGAUUGCCGCUCGACGACUCAUCAUAGAACGAUGUAAUGAGCUGAGAGAUCGUACUGCUAGCGCCCAGCGACCUGCAUCAGUAGAACUGCACGAACUUUUGUGCAGAAUUUCGUCGGAGAACUUUGGUGUUCUCUCAGCGGACGAAAGAUUGGCAGUUAUAGAACAGUUCACAUGUCCCAGUGAAAAUGGACUGGACAACGCCAGAAGAGUGAUCCAACGAGCGCAACAGCGUGCGAGACAAAAUGGUGUUAAACAUAAUGAGAGGAAACGUUUUCGCUGCAUUCUGUGUGCGAGUUUUCGUCAUUUCCCAUGUGGUCGAAGACCACCGUUUAACCGUCAUCAUAUAGCAGUCCUGCUGGCUGCACUGAUGCGCUACAGACAGCUGAGCGUUGAUUGUGCAAAAGAUGUGUACCAGACAUGUUCGUUGAAAAGGAAGAUGUUGUGCAAAGAACAUUAUGUUGAAGCUGCUACAUCCUUGAUUACUGAAAUAAAAACCACUACAAUUGGACUUCCUGGAAAUGAUAUCGAUCUAAACGCCCUUCAUAUGAGCGAAGGAAUGAUCUCUUCCGAACUUGUGAAGCAUUUGAAUACAGAAAGUGGAAGGUUCGAUUCCAAAGAGUGGAUCACAGCAAGGAGCGUCGCGUUCUUCUUAAAUGACACCAUGGCUUAUUGUGUAGAUAAGAAUGUUACCGGCGAAGUUGGUGGCUGCCAACUCUCUGUCAACGAAUCUGCAAAUGUCGAAGAGGACGGGUGUGAUCUUGAAGCGACAGAUGUACUUGAUUUACUCAAACCAAGGCUUAAAGAAGAUGCUGAAGAAGAGGAGAAAAUCAUGAAUAUUCUAAGCAAUUUGUCUGGAGAACGGUAUUCAGGCGCUGUGAAGCAAGAACCUCAUGACGAAAUUGGGACUGUCCCUACUCAUCCUGCCAUUCCCUCUUCAAAUCCGCUGCAAGAAGGUUUGAGCGAAACGAUCGACAAGCUGGAGGGGUGUGAUGCCCACGAGGCAGAACGGAUAGACCGAUCGCCAGGAUCUUCGGUUUCAAAUUCUCAGUCCAGUACCUCAGUAACAGAAGGGAUGGAAGAUUCUUUUGAGGAUCGAAACUUUGUAGUUGAAGGGAAAAAGCUGCUCGAGUUAUUUCGAUACUGUGGUACGAACAUGGAUGCAAGCGGCAGUUCGUUCCGCCUCUCUGCCGUUGGAAACGCUCCAGUUGUCGAUUUCUUGUGUAUGCAAUGUCUGAAGGAGAAAGGAAAGGGAACUCGCUGGGAGGGAUGCUCCGGAGAUAGAAAAUCAAUGGAGCAGAAGUAA